AUGGCUGACCCCCGCAUCGAGGAGCUCCCGGAUGAGGAGACUAAGAAGCCCACCGUCGAGGAGCUCGAUGAGUCCUCCGACGAAGAGUCCGAUGCCGAGGCCGGCGAUGCUAGCCUCCCCGCCGGCUCGACCGCUGUGAUCCACUCCCGCAACGAGAAGAAGGCUCGCAAGGCCAUCGAGAAGCUGCACCUCACCCGCGUGCCGGGCAUCACCCGCGUUACUCUUCGCCGCCCCAAGAACAUCCUCUUCGUCAUCAACAACCCCGAAGUGUACAAGUCCCCUAACAGCAACACCUACAUCGUCUUCGGCGAGGCCAAGAUCGAGGACCUUAACGCCAGCGCCCAGGCUGCUGCCGCCCAGCAGCUCGCCAACCAGACCGCUGAGCACGACCACGCUGGUCACACUCACGACCACAAGCACGAGGCUGCCAAGGAGGAGGAAGAGGAGGAGGACGAUGGCGAGGAGGUGGACGCAGAGGGCAUCGAGGACAAAGGAUAUCGAGCUUGUCAUGACCCAGGCCAAUGUGUCCCGGAAGAAGGCAAUCAAGGCGUUGAAAGAAAACGACAAUGA